GUUCGCCGUACCAUAGUUCAAACGGCAGUAGUUCAAAUGCGGAUCCACCGACUUUUGCUGCCUGUUUUUCUCAGUUUUUUACGAACAAUUAUUGGAGGUGGAGUGUUUCCUCUGAGAAUGCCGGAGGUUCGUCCAACCAGGAAUGAGGUUUAUCUUUGCUCUGCUGUGGAAAUUGGAACAAAGGGAAGAUAUUGGGUGAGAGGCUUUAAGCCGGUGGUUAUACCAGGAACCAUGCAUCAUAUGGCUGUAGUAGGAUGCAGUAGAUAUCCCCCAGUUACUCCUGCUAAUGUAUGGAACUGUGGCAGUAAUGGAAACCCUGUUUUGGAACCCGGCUUCCCCGCACUCAAUACCACAUGUUCUGCCGGAGACAUGAAAAGCAUGACCCUGUUCCUUUGGUCAAGAAAUGGGGAAACCUACAUACUACCAAAGGAUGUUGGGUUCGCAAUUGGAGGUGAUUCCCCAGUUCAGCAUUUAGUUCUUCAAGUUCAUUAUAUUAAUGUUCAACAUCUUCCUGAACAUGGAGAUAUUUCAGGGGUAGAUAUACUCUACACAGAUACAGAACCUCUAAGAACUGCUGGUAUGAUGUCGGUACAUGUGAACACAAAUGUUCCAUCUUUUUCAAAGACAUAUCAGGACGGAGGGUGUAGGAUUGGAGAGAAUAAGAUACUGCAUCCCUUUUCUUAUUUGGUUCAUACACAUGCUUUAGGACAGGUGGUUUCAGUUUGGAGAGUACGACGUGGUGGGUUAGUCAGGGGCAAAGAUGAUUGGACAUUGAUUGGGAAGAAAUCUCCUCUCAAGCCUCAAUCAUUUUACCCUGUAGAAGACAAAGAUUUGCAGCUACAGCCUGAUGAUAACAUUGCUAUAAGAUGUACAAUGCUAAAUUUAAAAAGAAAAGAUGUGAAACAGGGGUUAGCUAGCUAUGAUGAGAUGUGUGACGUGUACAUAAUGUAUUGGGUUUAUGGAAAUCACUCAAACCUUCUUCAGGGAGAAGUUGCAUGCCACGCAGACGGUCCCCCAGCGGUAACCUGGCGGUCAUUUGGUUUCAAUAAUAUACCUGACCUUGAGGCCUCUUCUUUAGAUGUUGAUAAUUAGAUAAAUCAUAUAUGUAUAUUGUAUAGACAUGUAUUUAUCUAUUUAAGAAAGCUAUUCGUUCAUGAAUAUAUAUAUUUCAGUUUUUAAACUUUUAUUCAAAACUGAAUUAUAUUAACAAAAUUUUUCACGAUUCACGAUGAUCCUCAGUAAUAAAAAUAUAUUUAUAAGUUAGCUAUAACUGGCCAAACGGCGGGACCAACUUGGCUGAAUAAGGGUGGUUACAUGGAAUAAAAUAUAUUUGGAAAUUUUGUAAUUUUCACGGAGGGGCUCUUCAGCUAUAAGUGUGAUUUAAUACCAAGUGCGGGUAAACGGUGAAAGUAACUAUGAAUAAUAAUAUAAGCCUGGGCAACGCCCAGUGCUCCAUGACUAGUUAUAUAUUCACAGUUUCAUUAUGUAUUAUGUAUUAUGUUAAAAAUAUAUAAAAAUGGAUUUUAAC